AUGAGUGAACUCAGCGAUAUCAAAGUCACCGAUCGCUUCAGCCUGACCGGCAAAGCUUUUGUCAUUACGGGCGGAGCACGAGGCAUUGGCUUCGCAACGGCAAAAGCAAUUGCUCAACUCGGGGGCAGUGUCGCACUCAUUGAUGUCUUGGAUAAGCCCGUCGACGAGUUUGACACCCUGACCAAACGCUUCAAUGUCAAAGCCUCGUAUCAGCGUGCGGAUAUCACGGAUCAAAAGUCGCUGGAGACGGCGUUCGACGAGUCUGUCAAAGCCAUGGGCGGGCAGAUUCAUGGAGGAGUCUGCGGCGCAGGCAUCAACAUUAACCAGCCACUGAUCGAAGCGGACUGGGACUACAGCUUGAAACUACUCCAGGUCAAUCUAAUGGGAACGUACUGGACGGCCAAGCUGAUUGCAAAGCAUUUGGCGGAGACGAAGACGCCAGGAAGUAUCGUCUGCAUCGCCAGCUUGUCCGGGCAAGGCAUUCACAUCCCCGUCCAAGAUGCGGCGAUUUACAAUGCGUCGAAAGCGGGCAUCAAAGGCAUGAUGGGGCCACUCGCGGUGGAGCUUGGAAAGUAUGGCAUUCGGAUUAAUAGUGUCUCGCCAGGAGCCAUUCACAGCCCCAUGACGGCAUCGCUCGAGCAAGAUGCUCCUCAAUUGCUGAAAUGGUUCAAGGAUGCCGCGCCGGUCCAGCGUAUGGGCGUGCCCGAAGACAUCACUCCAACCAUCUGCCUCUUGUUGAGCGACGCUGGUGCCUUUACCACCGGUGCCGAUAUGGUCAUCACGGGUGGGAUCCACGCCGGCAGGAAUGAUUUUGUACUGCCUGGUGAAGGUGCUCAAUGGUUGCAGUCUGCGACAAAGUAG